CUUUUUAAGAGCAAGUGAAGGCAAUCAGGCAUCUUGAAUCUCAUGUAUAUUCAUCACAAUUUAUACAUGCUCAUUUUUCUGAAACCCGAAGCCAUAAAAAACACACUAGGAAGUGUGUGUUCUUGUGUAUUGAGUUUGGCUCUCCCCUUGUUUUCUUCAUUUCCCUGACCAUCCGUGCGUAUGUGGCCUCCGUUGACAACAAUCCUUACAAAAGAGAAGGAUUGAAACACUGGGUAGUUUUCUGUUUGAGUCGCAGAGUAAAAGAAUAUAAAAAAAAAAAAAAAAAAAGAAAAAAAGAAGAGACUUUCAAGGGUCACAAUAUGAGGAUGGUCAGUGCCAUUGAUUGUUCAGAGUGCCCAAGUAUCUGUAGUUUCUUGGUUGUUGAAGCUUAUCCUAAGAGGUACUCUUCCAAGAUCCCAUCUGAUUUGAUCCUAUUCCUGGGCCUUGGGUUCAUAGAUUGGUAAAAUUUACUAUCUUUAUGUUUCUGAUUCCUAGAGGAUUUGCCAGAUAAGGGCUGUGUAUUUGAUGGGUUUGAUUCAGUGUUGUCUUCCACCUGUCUUUUAAGAGUUUAAGGAGACUCCUGGGUUAACCUUGCAUAAGUUCUUAAUCUAGCUUUUUGCUCAUUAUGUUUAAGGGCUAACUUUAUGUCUGUAUUUUGUUGGCUUUUUUUUUUCUUGAGUCCUUUGUGUAGUAGUUUCAUUUUAUGAAAAUCUUAUUCCCCUUGCUUUGAUAAAACUAGAGAUUUAUAAAUCUAGCCAUAUGGGGUUUUCUCUAGUCUCCAGAUAAAGUCAUAUGUUGUCUUCAGGAUUUUAGGACUUUGUGGUUUUGAUGAUUUUCAAUUUGGGUAUUGUGGAAAUAGUUUUGCAAUGAAUAAGUUCAGGGCUUUGAUGGAGGUGGGAUGUUGUAGCUGGGACUAGUUUGGGUAUAUAAAGAUUAGCCUUUUAUCAGAAUAGUCUUCAAUUCAGGCUAAUAUUUGAAGCCAGCAUCUGAAAUUAUCCUGAUAUUGAGCUAAGGGAGAAUUUAUGAGAUGGGAGAUAUCCUUCUAACAGCUCUUUCAAUAGAGAAUCAUCACCCUUCAACCUUCUUAUCCAUGGAUUCUAGUGCCCCCUCUUCACAUGAUGAUUUGGAUCUUGAGACGAUGAAUCGCCAAGAUCCAAUAAUUGGUCCCCCUGACAUCAAUUUGCCCUUAUCGACUGAGCUUAGCCCCCCUCCUCGGCCAUGGAACUCUGAACACUUUGAUGUUCUUGAUGUUGGGCUCAGGACUCAGAUAUAUGAAACCGAAAGUCCUCAAAAUGCACCCAAGAUUGGUAGGAAAUGUGCAAAAAGAACAGAUAGCAUCUGGGCUGCCUGGUUCUUCUUUAGCUUUUAUUUUAAGCCCGUGUUCAAUGAGAAAUCAAAGGCGAAAGUCGUUUGUGACAGCAAUGGAGUUAGUGGAUUUGAUAAAGCAGAUCUCCAGCUUGAUACUUUCAUGGUUCAGCAUGAUAUGGAGAACAUGUACAUGUGGGUUUUCAAGGAAAGGCCCGAGAGUGCACUGGGUAAGAUGCAGCUCAGGAGCUAUAUGAAUGGGCAUUCUCGACAAGGGGAACGCCCCUUCCCUUUCAGUGUUGACAGAGGUUUUGUUCGGUCUCAUAGGAUGCAAAGGAAACAUUAUAGAGGCCUUUCGAAUCCUCAAUGUGUUCAUGGGAUUGAGGUUGUUCCAUCGCCCAAUCUCUCGGUUUUAGAUGAAGGCAAUCGAAGGAGAUGGGUGGAACUUACUGGACGGGAGGCGAAUUUCACCAUCCCACCCGAGGCAAGUGAUUACAGUUCAUGGAGAAACCUGCCAAACACAGAAUUUGAGCUCGAGAGGCCGCCUCUCCACUCUAAGAAACUAUUUAAUGGAUCUGUGCUUAAGUUGUCAACUAGGCCAUCCAACCAUACUAAUGGGGAUAUAAUGGAUCUGUCACCGGUCUGCAACAAAAGGAAGGACUUUUUCUCACAUGGAAAUGAAGAAGAGGACAGUUACCUCCAAGCAAAUCGCCCUCCUAAUUUGGAAGUUAAUCCAAAUGAGCCACACUGGUUGAAUGAAUUUCGAGGAGUCAUGAGGAACGUUUAUGGGCCCGUGACAGCUGCCAAAACCAUCUAUGAAGACGAAGAAGGCUAUUUGAUCAUAGUCAGCUUGCCAUUCGUGAAUCUGCAGAGGGUAAAAGUUUCGUGGCGGAACACACUCAAACAUGGGAUAAUCAAGGUUUGUUGCUCGAGCACAUCUCGCACGUCGUUCAUUAAGAGGCACAAAAGGACUUUCAAACUCUUAGAUUCAUCAUCUGAGCACUGCCCUCCGGGGGAGUUUGUCAGAGAAAUCCCUCUUUCAACCCGGAUUCCUGAAGACGCUAAUAUAGAAGCCUACGUCGAUGGAUCUGGGACAGUUCUCGAGAUAUUGGUGCCUAAACUUCAAGAGGGACCAGAAGAACACGAAGUGCACAUCCGCCUUUGUCCUCAACUCAGUCCCAGUGAUGAUCUUAUGUUGACCUAGAGGCAUUAACUCUGUAUGGUGUAAUAUUGUGCAUGAACUUUAAAUAAGGACAUAUUUGUUGUGUUAUAUGUCAUUCCUAUAGUUUCAAAAUUGUAUGGUUAUGCCUGUGAUGGAAUUGAAGCAGGUUUUCCAUCUCAACUGAAAGUCUAAGCUAAUAGUUGGAUUGCACAUUUAUGUUUACAUAUUAUAUGCUCAACAGAUGGGGUAUGAGCAUGUAUCAUCUUAAUCAUAUCACAGAUUGAGAACAACUUAUGUACUUGCUAUAUUAUUGUUUCAUAGUGAGAUUUUUGAAAUCUUUAA